UAAAAAAAUAUCAUAAAUAUGCUGUGUACGUUGGUUUUGCUUUUUGGAAUUUUAAUACAGCCGGUCAACUGUAAGAUUCUUGAUCCAAAGGAGCUCAUUAAUAGUAUUUCGUCCUACAAAGAAGCAUGCUCAGCUGUUGGAUACGAGAAAAAAUCAUGUUCAUAUCGUUCAAAGAAAGAGAAAAUGGCAGUGGCUUUCCAUGCAAUGAUGAAAACUUCGCAUUCUAAUUUGAAAAGUCACCAGAAAGUUAUAUUUGAAUCUGUAUUACUUAACAUUGGCCGUGGCUACGAUGCAAAAACUGGUGUAUUCACAGCGCCAGUCGAUGGAAUUUACCACUUUGAAUGGACAACAUUGGCAAAUGUGAAACAAUAUUUCAUUACUCUCCUUGUAAAGGAAAACAUCCAAAUGAGCUCUAAUUACUGUGCAGAAAUAACAAACACUGAACAUGGUCAAUGUUCUUCUUCAGCUAUUGUAGAGAUGAAGGCGAAACAAAGAGUCUGGAUAAAACCUUAUAGUAGUUACGCAAGAGGUGUACUUGGUGGUUGGAAUUACUUUUCUGGGCAUAUUUUGUUUUAAACGAAAAUUAUUGAAGCUUCUAAUCAAGCAAUGAAUACAAUAAUU